CCUCUCCCUGCCUCUCUCUGUUGGGCUCACUUUUUCCCCUCGCCCUCGCGCACUCUCUGAUUUUGUUUGAUUCACCUGUUCAGCCCUGUCUCUGAAAAAUGAGCGGACCACUAGAUGGUGACCGUGGAACAGGAGCAGAGUCCACGGCAUCGACGCGUCCAACAAGAUUGAGUGGCCCUCAAACGCAGCAGCUGCAGCAAUCUAGGCCACAGCAACACCAGUCGCAGCACCAACUGCAGCACCGGCAUCAACGCCAAAUGCUCAAUCUUUCAUCUAGUCCCAACGCAAGAGGGACUGGUACAGCGUCGAGCUCAGAAGGACCCAGCACACAAGACCCAGCCAAUUAUAGCACAGGAAAUCAAGGCAAUGUCGGAAGUCGCAUAGAGAGUCAUCAGUCUACCUGGUGCCGGGGUGCCGACAUCCAGGAAGGCCAGAGCGCCAUGCAUGGGUCAGGAGCGACGCGUCAGAUUUCAACUUUGAAUCUCUUAAGCGAUCAACACCAACAUCGCCAGCGCAACCGUCAGCACCAGCCGCAAAAGCAGUGCUAUCAAAGUGACCAUAACCACCGUGAUAGCUCUGCGCCUCUCGAAAACCAUGAUUACGCGUAUCAAAGAGUCCAACCAACGGGAUUCAAUCACGCACGCACCCCAAGGCAGACAUCCGCUGACAAACGCGGACAUGGCACUGAACAUGAGGACGACACUAAGGGAUCAAGGCAUUCAUCGAUGCCGUUGAGUUCAUCAGGAGGAAACUCGGAAAGAAUAUCGUUACCGGAGGCUCCGAAUGCCCAUAGAUCGGAAGAGUCUCUAGUCGGCGGUGCUAUCAAUCGUGAUCGAAGACCAAAAGACAGUGACAGAGGGCACCAUCCUGACUGGGGUUCAUCAAUACAGUCGUAUACAAGGGCGAAUCAUCAGCGACAACAUAAUCAGUAUCAUUACCUCCAGCCUCACAACCGUUCAAAGCCGACAGAGGGACAUGUUUCAGCUCAUGAAAAGCUCCAGUCCACACUCGAACGACAGCAGGAUGCACGGGCUACUGACUCUAUAGACGAUUGUGGCCUUCCUUCGUCCCAAGAAAGACGCGACCAUGAGUUCAGAUCCGCUCGAACCGUAGAAACGGGGCACGAGCAUGAUCUUCAUAUUCAGCACCACCAAAAUCUCACUCGAUCGCAUUCCUCGCCACAGGAUGCGGCACCUCUUAACCAGCGCAAUGUGAGGUCCACAGAUCAAAGCAACCGUGAGUAUCGCCACCCAUUGUGGCAUGAAGGACAGUAUCAACCGGAUAUCUCGACACAGCAACCGUCAGAGGAGCACACCCAGUCAACGCCAUUACACAAUCGACCGUCACCAAGCAUGCUUGAACAUGACAAUGAAGAGUACUCCACACAACACAGACGCCUUCGGCCGGAUGAGCAACCAAACAAGCAUCAUCAGCAUCAAUUUCAACAUUACAAACAACACCAUCAGCACCAACGUUUGUUUCAAGGCUCUAAAGUGGUUCCAACCCAGGCGCCCCUUGAUAUCCACCGUCAUGGAGUUCGAGAAAUGGUAAAGCAUCAAGGAAAUCAAGGUACAUUUCACAAUGCUCCGAAGAAGCCGGGAUACGAAUGCGCCUCGCAGCAGCAGCAAAAUUCGAACUGGCUUGAAGCAGAUCAGCUCCCACAUCAGCACUCUCAGCUGCACGCGCAAAUUCCACAGCAGUCUAUUGAUCAUAGUCAGCGGGAGGCACCUCAAGGAAUCAUUAUUGGACCGGCCACUAGCGUCAAUGCUUCCGAUGGAAACGAAGGUCAUAUGGCAUCUUCACGGUAUACGCCUCAGGACAUGAGAAUGAGUCAAAGAUCGUUUUCUGGAUCUGAGCGACAUAGUAUCCAACAUUCAAUGGUUUCGGACGGCUCUAGGCCAGAUACUGGCCCAGGCACAAUACAGCGAGCAAACCGAGUACAGACCGGGACCCCAGUCAUCAAAUUUGUCGCGAAUCAUUAUAAAACAGGACCGGACAUAUCAAAUGUAGGUUGUGGCACGGAAAACAACGGCGGCCAAGGGCCGUAUCGCCGAAAAGAGCGCGAGGGAGUUGACACUGAUUCGGACGAUGUAGCAAAAGAAAAGAAAGGCGAACGCGACAAGGAGAGGCUGAACGUCCGUUUGAAGGGCGUGGGCGAAGAAGAGAACCAUGUCGUACAAGUAGAAGGAGGCAGUCAUGAUGAUCGGUUCGGUAGUCCAGCACCACUGACGGGUUUCGGCUCACAUAUGGUCUCGCGAACUCAGUUGUCUGGAGAGUCGUUGUCUUUAGGCGUCAGAACGGACAGCAGAUGGCGAGAAAACAGUAGCUCUUCACCCACAGAAUCAUCCGCGGGGGCGUUUUCCCCAGGAUCCAUGCCUGAGAAUGUGCCGCUCAGUGAGCGAGGAGUGGGUAUGCAGCGGGGUUAUUUGCGGAAGAGAUCAAGACGAAACGCGGAUGGGACCUGGGGAAAAGAUCCUGGAGUUAUUUCGCUGCAGAUAGGGCCAAAACAAGAUCAGACUGUGAAGCUCAUGGACGAGAGCGCAACAGAAGCAUCGGAUCGUUUAUUGGUGUCGCAGCAGACUUCAACCGUGUCCUCAUCUAUCGAUACUCACAAUGAGUCCCAGUUAAAUUCAAACCCUAUCCCCAAGAGAGCCGCGAAAUCCGUGGUUAGCACUAUCGCGCCGAUCAACAUGGCUAGUCGUAGGACGAACCGAUCCACAGGCAUGUCCUUUAACCGUUUAUUUUGCAAGGUCUCUUUGAACACGAUUGUUUUACACGCAUUGCAUAGAUUUGGGUGAAGAGGCGUUAUGUUUCUACUGGAUAAGGGGCUUUAAAACCAUCUCGUACAUCGACAUGGAAUUUGCCCUGCUUCCCUUUGUCUCAUGCCAUAUCCCUCACCGUGGACUGAAGAUUUUAAUAUGGACAUGUUAUCAGUGAGGUCAUUUCUCAAGUUGAAUGUCGAUAUCGAAAUGGGCAUUUCUACCACCGUUCGAUCGGCGCGUUGUUGUAUAACAGGACGACGCACUUUAAGCUAUC